GGCUCCCAAAGUGCUGGGAUUACAGACGUGAGCCACCAUGCCCGGCCUAGGAACCUUUUCUAAACAUGGAUUGGAGCAAGAAGGUGCAGGGAUAGGGGAUGGAGUCAUCAGGCUGGGCCACAGGAGGUAGGAGUGCCAGAGACUGGCUGGGCCCUGGGCACAGAGGGGUUAACUACAAAGCAAAUCACAGAGAGCGAGAUCAAUGGGUUACUGGCUGCAGAGAGAGGAAAAGGCAGCAGCAACGCAGAGAGGCAGAGAAGAGCCAGGCAGAAGAGCCUGCCACCUGGGGGAAAUCAGGGACUGAGGAGGAAGUGGCCAGUGGCUACUCCAGAGGGAGUGCCCAACUCCGGCUCCCCAGAGGGGGCAGAGGAGAGGAGGGGCCUUAAAGGCGAAGGGGGAGAAGUAGAAGGCAGACCAGUACCUGCAGGGAGGCACCGAGGGGCAGCCGCUGAACCAGGAGGCCCACCCAGCCCGGCCAUUCCACCCAGGAUCAAGCCCACUGCCCAAGGCGGAGGUGGGUGUUGCCCAUCAUGGGCUUUGGAGACCUACUGCAUGCUGGGUGCUGGGGUGGGGGCAGACAUUGCCUUUCUUCCCUACUCCCUGCCUGGCCCCCCUUUCCCCUACUUUGUCUAACCACCCCAGUGAUCUCAAGCCUGCAAGGAGAUCCACAGGUAGUAGGAGACAUGGGCUGUAGAGUGGGAUGGGGGUGAGCAUGGGUGUGGUGUGCACACACGGGUUGUCAGAGGCACCACCUGUUACAGGCUCUCACAUGAGCACUCUAGCUUAAGAGGCAGGAUACUAGGGUGGCAACAGCCCCAGAGCUGCCAUUUCGAGUGUGAUAUUACCCUCCCACGUCCCCUCUCUGAGCCUCGAUUUCCCUAUGUGCAGAGAGGGAGCAGUGACCUACACGGUCUUCCCAGUUUUGCCAUUGUGGUGAUCUCACUAUACUGGACCCUCCAAUGACUCAGGGAUGUUACCCGUGUUUUGCUGAGGCUACAGCUUGUAGCCAGAGAAAGCCCUAAACCCAUGUCCCAGGGUCUCCCCUAAACUUCAGAUCCCUAUUGAGAAGGAAUAUAUACCAGUUUCUGGGUUUGGCCCCUCCCACCAUCGCCAUAUCUUCAUCCUACUUCCCUUGUGCCUUCCCCAGCCUCACGGGUUGAAAGUGUCCCUCAAAUACCUAGGGAGUCCUUCAGGCAGGACUCUAGGGGUGUUCCUUAGGAAACUGAGGAACUCUCACCCCUUGAACACCACGAGCUUGCUCAUACAGUGGCACUCAGAGAUGACUUUGGCUCUGCUCUCCCCUCCUCCAUCUCCCACGAGCUUCCAGCCCAGAACACCUGGCCAGACCCAGGUCGGGGGAGCUAGAUUCCGGGGUCAAGCAACCAGAACUGGGGGCUCUUGCCUGAGGAUUCCAGCUUCUCUUCCCAGGUGCCCGUCUGAUGGGGAGAUGGCUGAUGCCCAGAACAUUUCACUGGACAGCCCAGGGAGUGUGGGGGCCGUGGCAGUGCCUGUGGUCUUUGCCCUAAUCUUCCUGCUGGGCACAGUGGGCAAUGGGCUGGUGCUGGCAGUGCUCCUGCAGCCUGGCCCGAGUGCCUGGCAGGAGCCCGGCAGCACCACGGAUCUGUUCAUCCUCAACCUGGCGGUGGCUGACCUCUGCUUCAUCCUGUGCUGCGUGCCCUUCCAGGCCACCAUCUACACGCUGGAUGCCUGGCUCUUCGGGGCCCUCGUCUGCAAGGCCGUGCACCUGCUCAUCUACCUCACCAUGUACGCCAGCAGCUUCACGCUGGCUGCUGUCUCCGUGGACAGGUACCUGGCCGUGCGGCACCCGCUGCGCUCGCGCGCCCUGCGCACGCCGCGCAACGCCCGUGCCGCGGUGGGGCUGGUGUGGCUGCUGGCGGCGCUCUUCUCGGCGCCCUACCUCAGCUACUACGGCACCGUGCGCUACGGCGCGCUGGAGCUCUGCGUGCCCGCCUGGGAGGACGCGCGCCGCCGCGCCCUGGACGUGGCCACCUUCGCUGCCGGCUACCUGCUGCCCGUGGCCGUGGUGAGCCUGGCCUACGGGCGCACGCUGCGCUUCCUGUGGGCCGCCGUGGGUCCCGCGGGCGCGGCGGCGGCCGAGGCGCGGCGAAGGGCGACGGGCCGCGCGGGGCGCGCUAUGCUGGCGGUGGCCGCGCUCUACGCUCUCUGCUGGGGUCCGCACCACGCGCUCAUCCUGUGCUUCUGGUACGGCCCCUUCGCCUUCAGCCCGGCCACCUACGCCUGCCGCCUGGCCUCGCACUGCCUGGCCUACGCCAACUCCUGCCUCAACCCGCUCGUCUACGCGCUCGCCUCGCGCCACUUCCGCGCGCGCUUCCGCCGCAUGUGGCCGUGCGGGCGCCGACGCCGCCACCGCGCCCGCCGCGCCCUGCGUCGCGUCCGCCCCGCGUCCUCGGGCCCACCCGGCUGCCCCGGAGACGUCCAGCCUAGCGGGAGGCUGCUGGCUGGUGGCGGCCGGGGCCCGGAGCCCGGGGAGGGACCCGCCCACGGCAGAGAGGCUGCCCGAGGACCAGAAUAAACCCUGCCGCCUGGACUCUGCCUGUGUCCGUCUGUCUCACUCCCGUUCUCCGAAGGCCGGACGCCACCGGGCCAGGGAUGGGGCAAUGCCACGAGCUCUCUGAGGGGCGUUGAGUGGAGCGACUUGUCCCCGCUCCACAGCGGAGCACCAGCCCAGUGGACACCCAUGGGUGUGAAUAUGGACAGCACAGCCCAUCCCCAGCAGGGCAGCCCCCAGAGCCUGCCCAGAGCCAGCCUGGCAGUCCCUCUGCCCAUCCUUCCAACUGGGUGACACCUAGGCCCUGCUUCCUCCACCACCUCUUAUCUCCU